AUGGGGGUCUUCACCUCCAUUUUCGAAACCGGAAUCUUAGAACGAUUUAAAGAGGAUUUUGCCACGGGACUACGAUUUUCACCCGAACUAGGAUUGCUAGCUGUAUUACCUGAAGUUGGACCAUUGUUGUGCGAGUUCUUGCCCCUUUUCAAAUUUGUUCGAUUUUUGGCUCUCAACAGGUGCAAGCUUCGAUCUUCGACCAUUUUUGCAAAUGGGUUUAGCAAUGCUUUUAAGAUUUUGGCUCUGGGAGCAGCUUUGAUGAAUUUGAUGUUCUGUAAGAGUUCGUGCUCGGAUUUUUCUGAAUCUGGGCUCGUGAAGAAGAUGAGGUUUUUGAGGAGAGAGAAGAUUUUUUCGAACAGAAUUUUGGAGCUUGACGAGGAUUGGGAGCAGCUGAGGAAGAAUGCGAUGAAAAGGAUGAAAAAUUUGAGGAUACUUGUGAAGUGCUUCCAUCCCCAAGUCCUUGCCAAAGCCACUCAUUUUAAACCCUCCGAGCGGCAAAUCGCUAUCGAACGCAAAAUAACAGUUGAUCCAAAUCGUGCCGGCCCGUAA